AUGCAUCUUCUGGCGAGAGCCAGCAUUGCCGCAGCCAUUGUCUCCAAUGUGGUGGUUGCCUACACGAUCUUACCGACGACCGACGCCACGGGAGCAAAGACAUAUGGCCUAGACGAGCGCAACUUUGAAUUACAGGGCCCCUACAGCAAGCCUGAUAUCCACGAUCCCGGCUUCGACGUCGCAGCUGAGCUGCUAAAGGUUCUUCCGGCGCACCAGGUUACAAAUAUCAGCAGGUGGGAAGCGGGUGUCCUGCCGUCCAACUGCCUAAGGUACUUUGGGUCAAACGGACGCCAGGUGCAAAGAGAGGAUUUUGUUGUUUACAAUCAUGCCGAGUCGGACACCAGCAUCGAGAAGAUGACGACCGCCUUUGGAAGGCUGCCUAUUGGAAUGCGAGAACACGUGAGAACGGUUGCCGCACUUCCGCACCCACCGCCAGGCGAGCGCGCGGCCGCCUUCAGCACAGACGGCGACAUAGCCGUCCGGCCGCGCUACUGGGACCUGCACACGCUGUCGCACGAGGCGUCGCACAUUAUCGACUCCAAGCUGCCGGCGGCGCAGGGCCACAACCCGUACCUCAUGGGGCGGCCCGCGUCGCUGGCGCGGCGCUACGGCUGGCGUCCGGCGCCCAAGCCGUCGUUGUCGUCGUCGUCCUCCCCCACCGCUGGCCACAACGGCCUGCCCGGUGCGGCGCGAAAAUAUUCGGAUUCGCUGCGGUGGCGCGGCGCCGAGCAAGAAGACGAGCGCGUGAUCUCGCGGUAUGCGCUCGCCAGCUGGGCGGAGCACUUUGCCGAGACGGCGGGCGUGGCCAUGCUAGAGGUGUUUGGCGGCGAGGGCACCGUCGACCGGCUCAGCCCUGCGGCGGGCCGCGGGUUGAAGAGGCAGGUCGGCAUCUGGGUCCAGGAUUGGGGUCCGGUGGUCAGGGGAGGGCCCCAGACGUGUGAGGAGCGCGUCAGGCCGGCGCAGGCUUCCUUGGUUGUUGUAGACUAG